AUGUCGCUCAAUCACCACCACACCUGGCUUCCUCCAGGACAUCUCAGACCCCCCGACGAUUUCUAUGACACGCACUCCUCCGUCAAUGGCCUCUCAAGAACCCCAUCCCGCCCGCGUACACCCCAGUUACGGUCCCGUGCCACCUUGGAGUCUAUGCAGAGCGGCACGUCAAUAUCAGAGACGGAUCCCGCGCCUGAGGAAGAUCCUCGCAUAGUCGCAUUCAGGAACAGCUAUCAAAAAAGCGAGGCUAGAAUAAAUGCUUUGUUCAGUGGCAAAAAAAAAAUAUCAGACCCCAACUUGUCCGGAGCGGAGUCUCGUGAUACCAAUACCGCUGAUGAUGCUCCCGAAACUGCGCAGCCGGAACCCCAAUCUGCACCGCGGAAACCGGCAAGGAAUUUAGAUGAAGACGAUUAUGAUGAGUACGAUGAUGAGGGAGGCAGUGACUCUGGUGCUCAGGGGCCUUCUCCCCCGAAAUCUAAAAGCGCGCCCACCCCCCCUGAAUCAAAGCACGCGCCGCAAUCACCUCCAAGGCUGCCCUUACAGCCUAGCUCUGCACCGGAGAACUCGAAAGACACAAAGAAGGAAUCAGCGGAGGAUAUCCGGAAACGAUUGGAGCAAGACAAGAAAGCCACAGAGGAGGCUGCACGUCAGAGCUUCCAUACCAUAUUCUACACCCUGGAGAACGACCGCGAUGCGAUGCUGGAUCAGCAACGGCUAGAGGAGUCAGAAAGACAAGUCGAAGCCGAGAUGUCAAGUCAGAAUAAUACAAACACUGAUUCCGCUGCCACCCAGGGCCCCGGACAUGGAACCCUGAGCAGCACCAACCUUGGCGCAUCAAGUCUGACCCUAAAAAAUCUUAUUGCACGAAUUGAUAUGAAGCGCCAUGAAGUGCAGGCAUCCGAUGCAGAACUGCGGAGCUUGAUGAGCGAAGUUCGGAAGAAUAGAAGUAAAUGGGCAAGUGAAGAUAAGAUUGGCCAAGAAGAACUAUACGAAGCCCUGGAAAAGGUGUUGAGCGAACUCAAGGCUCAAACAGAACACUCCAGCCCAUUCUUGACCAAGGUCAAUCGACGAGAUGCACCAGACUAUAUUAACAUUAUCAAGCGACCUAUGGAUUUGGGAACCAUGACCAAGAAGCUAAAGGCAAUCCAAUACAAGUCAAAGCAAGAGUUCGUUGAUGAUCUUAAUCUAAUAUGGGCUAAUUGCUUGAAAUACAACGCCAACCCGGAGCACUUCCUCCGCAAACACGCCCUGUACAUGAGAAAGGAAACAGAAAAGCUUGUACCACUAAUUCCGGAUAUUGUCAUCAGAGACCGCGCGGAAGUGGAAGCUGAGGAACGCAGGCUUCAACUUGCUGACCUUGAUGGCGCGGAAGAGAGUGACGACGAGCCUAUCAUGUCUUCCCGCGGGCGGAAGGCUCCAGGAAAGAAAUCCAAGAAAGGUACUACCACCGCACGAACAGCUCCUGAGACAAAGUCAGAGACGACGUCAGUUACCGAUUCUCGACCUCAAGUCCAAGAGGCACCUCUCGUCAGGCAGGAUUCUAUCUUGGAUGGGAGCCAGAAUGAUUCCUCAACGCCACCCCCUGGUACUCUUACGCCUCUCACCUUAAAUAAUACUGGCAUUACGGCCACUCAAGGCGAUAGCAUGGAUAUCGAUUGCAUCGGACCACCUCCUGCUGGUCAGUGUGCUGCCUUGUUGGGCCUCGGAUCUGAGUUUGAAGACCCUGAAUUUAAGGUCUGGAAACUAGUGACAAAGAAGGAUCGUGCUCUUGUGGCCGCUGAAAGACAUCGACUUUUCAAAGGAGAUAAGCUUAACCCGGAUGAGCAAGCACUACUUAGAACUAAGUCUGGCAUGAGAAGAUGGAUUCGGCAUCGCAGAGCAACACCGGGUGAAACAGACAAGCCCGAAACUGCACCUUUACAAGAGAAAGCGGAACCUAGCGGAGAGACUCUUGCCGAAGGGAUUGAAGAAGAAGAGGAUAAAAUGCUACCUGAUUACUAUGAUGUGAUGUCAGCGAUCCCUGAUCUUCCCGAACACCUCCACUGGGUGGAAGAUGCCGAAGGGAAUGUGGUAGAGCACUCUGAAGAGUUCCUUCGAGUCCUUCCUAGCGGCUUAUUCACGGCUCCAGUCAGCAAGUUCUCAAAAAAACUGGACGCCAACGUGAGGCAAAUGCAAGAAACUAGGAAAGCAUGUUCAAAGAUCAGUAUCGUCAAGCAAAUGCAACAACAAUCUCAGAUGUAUCAAAAUCAAUUUCAAAAAUACCAGCCUGAACGACUUGUGGAACAGGAUAUCCCACCUCAUGUUAUGAAUGGCGAGGGACCUAUCAUUAACCCUUGGGUUUGUAGGGCUGCACUCCAGCGGUCCAUUGGAAAAAUUCUCUAUCAUACCGGCUUUGAAGAGUACCAACCCUCUGCUUUGGAUGCCAUUACAGAUGUUGCAUCAGACUUUUUUACCAAAAUAGGCCAAACCCUUAAGUCCUAUAUGGAAGCUCCAAAAGUUCCGGUUUCUGACAAUUCAUCAGUUUCGGCCAGUACAUCAGGAUGGAAACUGCCAUAUACAUCCGAGGAGAUGAUUUUGCAUACACUUCAGGCAGUUGGCACAGAUGUGGAUACGUUAGAAGCCUACGUUAAGGAAGAUAUAGAUCGCCAUGGUGCCAAACUUGCUGUUAUACAUGAACGAUUGAAAAAUCAUCUUACUGAGCUUUUGCGUCCUGCAUUUGCUGACACCAGCGGUGACGGAUCCGGAGCUUUCAAUGACGGGAGCGAGCAAUUCGUUGGAGGUGACUUUGCUGAUGAUAUCGAUGAAGAUUUCUUUGGAUUCAAGGAACUAGGCUUGGAUAAAGAGUUUGGCCUUGCAAGUUUGAGUGUUCCUCUUCAUCUCCUUCAGAACCGGAUGUUCAACGCACAUCAGGCUCAGAAUGCAAACUCUUCUCAAUCAGCCUCAGAUCCAUUCCCAACUCCGCCCCAAUACCCCAAGAUUACGCUGGAGUCUAUCCCAUCGCAAAUUGGUCUCGCGCGGAACUUCUUCCUGGCCAAACUCCACGCGAAUAAAGAUGAGCCAUUGGUUGAAGAUUACGAGCUGCCACCCAAACAACGGCCAAUGGCAGGACGCCCUCGCGUCCCCGCGUCAGGAAAGAUCCCACCGCAACCUUCUCAAGGCAUCGGAUCCAGCCCCCAGAAGCGUCCAGCACCUCCUUCUAAUUCAGUAACAUUUAAGGGUAUCGUAUUAGAACCUAGCAAGAAAAAGAUUAAGAAGGCUAUCGGUGCUCCCCCUGGCAUGUUUGAUGGAGCAGCUGAAGAUUCAACGACCACCGUGACUGCUCCCAACAAUACCAUUAAAGGGAUCAUGAAAUCAAAGUUGACGGAUGGAUCGAACGGCCAUAUUGGUAUGAAUGGAAAUGCCAAUGACACAAACGGCGUCGCCUCUGAGCAAAUAGGUAGCCAACCCCUGAAAGGAAGUGCUUGA